CAGAAAGGUCGUGCGCGUGCGGCUUGCUGAAUGAGUCUGGUGGCUGUGGCACCUGCCCCUGCCCCUGCCCCUGCCCCUGUCCCUGUCCCUGCCCCGGCCCCUGCCCAGACCCUGGCCCCGGCCCCGGCAGGCACACAGUGAGGAGGCCACGUGGAGGCAAAGAUGUGGGGGUCAGUGACUGGGCUUCCCGCGCGGCUGCAGAUCGCUACAUGGGCUGGAGUCUGCCUUCGCCGCUGCUGGGAGACGGGCCCGGGCUGCCUGUCGCGGCCUCACCGGCUCCUGACCCAGUCGUGCCUGGAACAUCAGUACUUUACCAUGGACGCGAAGUUGAAGCGGUCGAUGCGGAAUAGCGGCCUGCCAAGGUUUUACCCGGCUAGCACGAAGUUGGCGGACACCGUGGUGCACCUCCUUCAGGGUCCUCCUGGAGCCGGCCCGAGGGUCUUAGAGUGCAAUCCCGGGCCUGGAAUUAUUACAUGUGCAUUACUCAAUGCUGGUUUACAAGUGGUUGCACUUGAAAGUGACCUGACUUUUCUUCCAUAUUUAACGGCCCUAAAAAAACUUCCAGAUGUACAACUAGAAGUGAUCUACUGUGAUUUCUUCUUUCGAGAUCCCACUAAUGAAACACCACCACCUGUUAUGUUUACAGAUAGACUUUUCAAGAAUUUGGGAAUAAGAAAAGCUUCAUGGAGAGCAGAUGUUCCUGUAAAGAUAGUUGGAUUCAUCCCAAGUAAAAACGAAAGAACUGUACUUUGGAAAUUUUUAUAUGACCUCUAUUCUUGUACUUCCAUAUAUAACUAUGGGCGGAUAGAAUUGAAUAUGUUUAUUAGUGAAAAAGAAUACCAGAAAAUCGUUUCAAAGCCAGGUGAAAAGUAUUAUCAACCCCUAAGUGUUCUGUGGCAAACAGCUUGUGAGAUAAAGCUUUUGCAUAAGGAGCCUUUAUCGUCAUUUGUAACCUUCAAAAAUGGGAGACAGAAAUCACUAAAGGGCAAGGAAUAUGAAAAUAAGCACCUGUGUUUUAUUCAAUUAACUCCUCGAAGAAAUUUAUUUACAGAUAAUUUGACACCUAUAAACUCAUAUAAUUUUAUAUGCCUGGUUAAACAGUGUCUUAACAAGAGAAGAUCUAAAUUAAUUGAUAUAUUUAGCUCAUGGUGUAUAUGUGAUAAAGAGGAUUUGCUUCAACAACUGAACAAGCAGAAACAUGACCCUACAGGCAGCUUGUGCCCAGAAGAGUUUAAAUACCUUUUUGAAGCUUUGGAGAGUUCUGAAACAUUUACCCAAAAAUGGAUAUAUGAUCAUUUCCUCCAAAAUCCAGUUCCAGCAAGCCUCUAAGUCACAAAGAUUUUAUUAACUGGAGUAGUCCCUUUGAAAAACGUGAUGCAAAUUUAAAAGGAAAAGGUUUGAAAAGUUUGCAUCCUUUCAACUAAGAAUAAAUGGUUUUGUUUCACACAGCUGGAGGAUGAAAUUGCUGAAAGUUCAUGCUGAUCUUUUUUUUAACAGGUGGUGCUGUUAAAUGAAAUUUUCAUUUGACUACUGAUUUGAUGAACUGAAAAUUAAAGGGUUUUUUGUGCAAAAUUUUUCACUACUACAUAACUGGUUGGUAAAUUUAGUUAACUAUCAAACGGAAAUUCAUUUAGUAAAUUCCAACUCUGUUGUUAAAGCCUCUAAAAUUGAGCACAACUUAAAUGUGGGUUUAUUGCUGGUUCAUCAGCAUUGGAAAGCAAAUUAGAUUUGACCUAAUUAUUGCAAAUUGUACUUUUCAAGCUUGUGAAGUUAUGGUUACAAGACCUGCAGAAUAAAAUUUUAAAAUGUUCUAUUUAAGCUUUUUUUCAAAAUCAGAAUUUUUUUUCUACUGGGUUUUGUAAUAUUCUUACAAAGCCUAAAUAUUUUAUCUAAAUACUUCAGCAACAUAUAGUAUAUAAAUUCGUUAAAA